AUGAAAAACAAAAUGCGUGAAUGUAUCUCAAUCCAUGUCGGCCAAGCCGGUGUUCAAAUUGGUAAUGCUUGUUGGGAACUUUAUUGUUUAGAACACGGUAUUCAACCUGAUGGUCAAAUGCCUUCAGAUAAAACCAUCGGUGGUGGUGAUGAUUCAUUCAACACAUUCUUUAGUGAAACUGGUGCUGGAAAACAUGUACCACGUGCUGUUUUCGUUGAUUUAGAACCAACUGUCAUCGAUGAAGUACGUACUGGUACAUAUCGUCAGCUUUUCCAUCCUGAACAACUUAUCACCGGCAAGGAAGAUGCUGCUAACAAUUAUGCUCGUGGUCAUUAUACCAUUGGAAAAGAAAUUGUUGAUCUUGUACUCGAUCGUAUUCGUAAAUUAGCUGAUCAAUGUACUGGUCUUCAAGGUUUUCUCAUCUUCCAUAGUUUUGGUGGUGGUACUGGUUCAGGUUUCACAUCAUUGUUAAUGGAACGACUCAGUGUUGACUAUGGCAAGAAAUCAAAACUCGAAUUUGCCGUUUAUCCAGCACCGCAAAUUUCGACUGCUGUCGUUGAACCAUACAAUUCGAUUCUUACAACACACACAACACUUGAACACUCGGAUUGUGCUUUCAUGGUUGACAAUGAGGCCAUCUACGAUAUUUGCCGUCGUAAUUUGGAUAUCGAACGACCAACAUAUACCAACUUAAAUCGUCUUAUUGCUCAAAUUGUUAGUUCAAUUACAGCAUCACUUCGAUUUGAUGGUGCACUCAAUGUCGAUCUUACUGAAUUUCAAACAAAUUUGGUACCUUAUCCACGUAUUCACUUUCCUCUUGCUACAUAUGCACCAAUUAUUAGCGCUGAAAAAGCCUAUCAUGAACAAUUAACUGUCGCUGAAAUUACUAAUGCUGUAUUCGAACCAGCUAAUCAAAUGGUUAAAUGUGAUCCUCGUCAUGGAAAAUACAUGGCUUGUUGUUUAUUAUAUCGUGGUGAUGUCGUACCAAAAGAUGUCAAUGCAGCUAUUGCUACCAUCAAAACAAAACGAACAAUUCAGUUUGUUGAUUGGUGUCCAACUGGAUUUAAAGUUGGUAUCAACUAUCAACCACCAACUGUUGUACCAGGUGGUGAUUUAGCUAAAGUUCAACGUGCAGUUUGUAUGUUAUCAAAUACAACAGCUAUUGCUGAGGCUUGGGCUCGUCUUGAUCACAAGUUCGAUUUAAUGUAUGCCAAACGUGCUUUUGUUCACUGGUAUGUUGGUGAAGGUAUGGAAGAAGGUGAAUUUUCCGAAGCUCGUGAAGAUUUGGCUGCACUCGAAAAAGAUUAUGAAGAAGUCGGUGUUGAUUCAGUUGAAGGCGAAGGCGAAGGUGAAGGUGAAGAAUAUUAA